AUUCCCCUGAAAUGGCUUCAUCUUCUUCAUCAUCUUCUCUCAGAUUCUUCAGAUAUGCUUCAAUGAUAAAAAAUGGCCUUCAUGAAUCAGUAUUCGAUUAUUAGGGUUUGAAUCAUCAAUCAGAGAAAAACAAUAAUGGCUUCGUCCCAAGUUGAAUUUGCUUCAUCAUCAACCUCGCCAUUUAGUUGCAUCAAUACGAGGAAUCGCCACCACCAUCAUCGAGCCCCACAAGCCAAACAUUUUUUCAACCAUUUCGCCAAAGACCAACUUAACAACGACAAUAAUUCCCAUAUAUCUUGGGACACAAAGAACAACCUUGGAACCCUACGUUUUGCAUCCAACAAAAGAGAUCAAGAUGAGUCGUCGUUGUCGUCCUCAAGCCCUAACCGAGAAGAACCAUCACCGUCUUCGUUUUCGUCAUCGUCCUCGCCGUCAUCAUUGUUGUCACCGCCUUUAAGAAAACAAAAACCAUCUCCUAUUCCUGUUCCUUCAGAUUUCUCACCCUGUGAUAUCUCAAACCUUGGAGCUUCAUCACUGGUUCAAAUAUGGGAAAAGAGACUAACCCAAUCAUCAUCAAACACGACGACGUCCAAGUCAUCGUCAACUCCAAAAUCAAGCCCUAACGCAUCAUCUUCACCGCAAAGUUCAUCAGAUGAUUCAUCACCACAAGGGCAGAUUCACAAUGAAGGAGAUCAUUAUCAGAGCGAGAGAUCAGUACAUAGGGUGGCAGAUAUUAUUAAAAGGCUAACUUUGACGACGACGACGACAAGCAGUGAAGAGAUUAACGUGGAUAAUAAUAAUAAUCAAUCUCAUCAAGAUCAGCAAAAUUAUGGCAUGGGAUCUCCAGAACAAUUACUAAUAGAGAAUAAUAGGAGCUUUGUGAUAAAUUCUCCGAGAAUUAGAGGAAGACAAGCCUUCAAUGAUUAGCUUAUGCAGAUGGAGCGUGAUCGUCAUCGCGAGCUCAAUAAUCUUGCAGAUCGUGCAGCUGUUUCCAAGUUUUCGCAUAGAGGUCGGAUUCAGUCAUUACUUCGACUAAGACUAAUGCAGCAUGGCAUGGUAGCUAAAGAUGAACGUCGCUUGCCAUCAACAACAUCACAAGAGAUCAAGCAAUUACCUCAAGGAUCUGUUAUUAUGCGCUUAAGGGAAAGGUUUAGCACAAGAGUAACAAAUGGAAGUGCAGUAGAAGCAGAAGUAGCUGAAACAACAACUCCUUGUAGAGAAAAAGAAAACAUAGUCACACCACCACCAUUAUAUAUUAAUCCUCCAAACCCUACCCAAAACUCUCUGUCCCAUGCAGAUCAAAACAAAGAAGAAGAAGAAGAAAAAGAAGCUAGUCCAUGUUCAGAUGUCUCGGUACCGAGUUCUGAGGCUCAAAACGCGGAAACUUCUUCUCCCAUGGUUGAUCUGAAUGCAGAAUCCGAGGUAUUAGAGAAUGUUGAAGUAAGGGAGGAGAAGCAUGAUGAUGUUGCUGAUCAAUUAAUCAGUUCUGGUGAGGUGGAAGAGGAAGAGGAAGAAGAAGAAGAAGGAAGUGAGGAUGAGUAUGGUGAGAGAAUCUAUGAUAAGAUAGAAGAGAUAGAGACCAGCGAAGCUAAUUUUGAUUGGAUUAGUCAGAUUUCUAAACCUAAGAGCUAUUGGGAAGAUCUUAGGCAGGCUUGGUAUAAGGAGAUGCUUGAUCAUGAAUCACAAAAUUAUGACAUCUGCCAACUGCUUCAAAGAAAAACGGUGUCAAAUGUUUUAGGUAGUGACUUCCGGGAAAGAAUGGACAGGUUAAUGGAGUCUCACCUGCAAGGAACACAAACAAAUUUUUUGGCUAGUCGAGAUGAUGAUGAUGAAGUCAACCACCAUGGGAAAAUGGAGAAAUUGAUAGCGUUUUUACAGCAACGACUGAAUCCUGCAAAAAGUGAUCAAGAGAAGGAGAUCAAAGAAGAAGAGAAACAUGAGGAAGAGGAAGAAGAGGAGAUUCUGAUAAGUGAUUCCUAUAAUGGAGAGAGUGACUCUAUGAACCAGUCAUCACCAUCACAAUGCAGAGACAAUUUUAACGAAGAUGGUGAUGAUUCUGAGUUUAGAUCAGUAUCUGCAUCAUUAAGACAACCUUCUCAAUCUCCCUCUUUCUUUCAGUAUGCUCGCCAAAACUCUUCACCCAGGAAUCCUCCUUCAAUUGAAAUGGAGCUCAUCUAUGAUUUGAGAGGGCAUAUGAAGCAGCUCUGUCAAGAGAUGUCUGAGUUAAGGAAAUCAAUUAGGAGCUGCAUGGAUAUGCAAAUGAGCUUACAAAAAUCAUUGGAUCGAGAGAAUCAUACAGCUAAAGGAAAGAAGUCCCAUGAAAGAGUAUUGAAGAAAGGACACUGCUGUAUUUGCUCAAAGUUGAAAGCUGAUUCACUUUUAUAUAGGUGUGGCCAUAUGUGCACGUGCCUAAAAUGUGCCAAUGAGUUACAAUGGAAAAAUGGGAAGUGUCCAAUCUGUGAGGCUCCAAUAGUAGAUAUUGUUCGAGUAUUUGUUGAUGCAUAGGUAUUCUUGGUGGUCAUAUACACAUAUACACAGUGUCUUGUUAUGUAUAUAGAUAUCAGGAGAUUAUAAUAAAUCAAUUAGUUAAUUAGUGUUUCAACGUAGGAGUGAAAUAUUAAUAUAGUAUAUGGAG